AUCCUGGAAACCCUGCAAGGCACACUGAGAGAAAUGAAAAGAGAGAUGCAGGAGCUGGGGGACAGGACGGCACAUGUGGAGAACCGCAUGGAGGAACAAGUCACAGUGCAUAAUGAAAUGGCAGAACAUGUGAAAGAUCUGCAGCAACAACUGACCUCACACAGAGGAAG